AUGACAAUAAAAGUAAAGAAGCGUCAAGCUGGAAAAGGUGGGAAGAAUGUUCAGAAUGGAGAAGGCACUUCCAAUGAGAAUGUGCCGGAGAAGCCAAGAUACUGGGAUCCAUUAUCUGACGGGGUGCGGUGGAUUGAAAGUUACGCAGAACCAAUAGAGAAGUUCUUCGAGAGAUUACCCGAGUUUAUAAGUACAUUUAUUGCUACAUUGGCUGUUUUUACAUUCGGCGCUACAUUGAGAGGAGAAUGGAUAGUAAUAUUAGUGACGGCGUUGAAGCAGAUCACUGGUCACACGCAGAGUGGGCAGAAUCUCACAACAGAAGAAAUUUACAAUCUGAUGACGCCGGAGAAUUUGAAAAUGACCAACUUUAGUGUCAUUUUCAUUUGGGCGCACGUUGUUUCCCUGAGCAUGUAUUUCUUAAUAGGCGGGUUUUUACACUGGUAUUUCUACAUGAAUAGAAGGCAUUUGGCACACGAGUGGAAACUUCAACCUACGAAAUGGCUCUCUCCUGAACUGGAACGGCACGAGAUCUUCGUUGGGACCUCCUCGCUCCUGAUCACUGGAAGCUUCUCUGCUGCUCUCGCUACUUACAUAUACAAUGGCAAUCCAUCCACGGUCUAUUACCAGUUCGAUGAGUACGGAUGGCUGUGGUUCUUCUUGCAAUUCCCCGUUAUCUUCAUUUAUGCGGACUACACAACAUAUAUACUUCAUCGGCUGUACCAUACUCCAUGGCUCUACAAGCACUUCCACAAGCUCCACCACAAAUACAAGCAGCCUACUGCCUUCUCCGUCACGGCCAUACAUCCAGUGGAGAUCAUGCAUAUUCAGCUUACUAUGUGUCUACCUUUGUUUACGGUUCCCACACAUUGGUUACCAUUCUAUGCUAUAGCGCUAUACAAUUAUUACCACGGAAUCAUCGAUCACUCUGGUAUUAACUUCAAAUCAUUCUGGUGGCAACCCUGGCAGCCCGACGCGGAGUUCCACGACAAACACCAUGAGUUCUUCCACUGCAACUUCGGUUUCAACAUGAGCGUUUGGGAUAGAUUACAUGGCACCAUGAGAAAGAAGAACUUCCUAUAUACCGAGGAUACGUACCACGGUGAAGCACCAGCGAUCGAUUCACCAGAAGCUAAAGCUCUCAUAGAGAAGGAUCCAGAACUUAAAAAAGAGUACCAAAAAGAGAAGAAGACUAAAUCUAAGACUGACCUAGAUACAGCUCGAUAA